UUGGCUAGUUGUAUAUUUUCUGAGCUGUGGACACGAUCGACUGAAGUGAUCUAACUUUAUUGUCAAGAUAUUCCAUUCGUAUACAUAAUAAGGAAUGUUGUCAUUUAUAACGAAAAAUAUAACAAGUGGAAGAAGUUGCAGCAUCGUUUGGUCUUCUAGCCAGCGGUCUGUGAGAUGUCUUUCAGGAACUCCAAAUUACUCCAGCAGCAAUCCUUCAGAGAAGUAUGAUAACCUGAAAGCUGUGAAGACACCAAUGCUACCUCCUAAUACCUAUAAAGGCAAGACAGCCUUUGUGACUGGAGGUGGAACAGGACUUGGAAAAGCCAUGACCAAAAUGUUAUCUCAACUUGGAGCUGAGGUUGCUAUUGUCAGCAGAUCUGCAGAUGUUUUGAAGAGUACAUCAGAAGAGAUCUCUGCUGAGACUGGAAACCCUGUCCAUCCAAUCCCUGCUAAUAUUAGAGAUCCUGAGGCAGUUAAAGCCUCCGUAGAUCAGUUUGUGGAGAUCUGUGGAGGUCUACCGGAUGUCAUCAUCAAUAAUGCUGCUGCUAACUUCAUAUCUCCCUCUGAACGGCUCUCACCCAAUGCAUGGAAGACAAUAGUUGAUGUGGUAUUAAAUGGAACUAUGUAUGCCACCCUAGAGAUUGGAAAAAGACUAGUAGAGCAAGAGAAAGGAGCCAAUUUCUUGACAAUCAGCACAACAUACGCAGCCCUAGGAUCUCCUUUUGUUACUCCUAGUGCCGCUGCAAAGAGUGGACUUGAAAAUGUUACCAGAAGUUUAGCAGUGGAAUGGGGUCGUUAUGGAAUGAGAUUUAACUGCAUUGCACCUGGAGGAAUCUAUACAAAGGGUGCCUUCGAUAGACUGGAUCCUACUGGUCAGUUUGCUCAUAAGCUUGUUGAAUCUACGCCUACUGGUCGGAUGGGAGUACAAGAAGAGAUAGCUAACCUUGCUUGUUAUCUAUGCAGUGACUAUUCAAGCUGGUUUAAUGGUGAAGUGUUCAUGUUUGAUGGUGGCCAAACACUGCAGGCUUCAGGAAUGUUUAGUGGUUACCUUCAGCUCACCAAGGAACAUUGGGAUCUAGCAGAAUCAUUGAUUAGGAAAACCAAAGGCUCAUAGUAACAACUGAUCACAUGACAGUCAUGUGACUGUCACACGACCAGUCUAUACACUGCUGAAGAACUUUUAUAUAAGUUCAUCUAUGAAAGAUCAACACCAACUUCAAUGUCUUUCAUUAAAACAUGCUAGAAAUGAAAAAAAUUACAUUUGUCAUCUGAGUCCACUGUAUGAAAGGCUAUCGCUACAUAUGAUAAAAUAAAAAUUUGACAAUCUGUGAUUCUGAAUGAGGUAAAAAUUUUGUUUGUAAUUGAAUGGAAACUUCCUUUCCUAAUGUCAAAAUAAUAUUACCAGCUGAAUAUUUCCUUAUUUGAUAAAGAUAGAAAGAGUUAAAUGAUUGCAUUUGUGUGAAGUUUAUGCGCUGAACCUUAGCAUGGUAUCAUGCAAUCAAAACUCAUCAGUAUGCAUUUUGUAUUAGUACCAUAACAAUGGUCUUGAAUAUUUGUACAUGGGUUCCAUUGUAUUAUUGAUUUGUCCUCAAACUGGCCAUAGAGGAUAGUAUUCCAAAAUGACUAAUUUUCAGUAUAUUUAUCUAUAAAUGUCAAUUUGAAUUUUACAGUAUGAUAUUCUACUCUGAAAUGAGUUGUUGAACAAAAGUAGGUAGAACAGGGUCAUUAAAACGGUAAAAUGCCAACUCGUCCACUCA